UCAGGAUCAGCUGCUCGGGGGCCGUGUGUGGCCAGAGCCAGGCACAUUUGAGACUUGGAUCUCAGUCCUAACACACAAGUUCCAGCAGCCAUGUCUGUGGAAGAGGAAAGCCGUCCUUUUGCCCAGCAGCUGUCCAACGUCUACUUUACAAUCCUUUCACUUUUCUGCUUCAAACUCUUUGUGAAAAUCAGCCUUGCCAUCCUUAGUCACUUCUAUAUUGUGAAGGGGAACCGCAAGGAAGCUGCGAGGAUAGCAGCUGAGUUCUAUGGAGUGACCCAAGGGCAAGGUUCUUGGGCAGAUCGAUCACCACUUCAUGAAGCAGCAAGUCAAGGCCGUCUUCUUGCUCUGAAGACUUUACUAUCACAGGGAUAUAAUGUAAAUACGGUAACGAUCGACCAUGUCACUCCUCUGCAUGAAGCCUGCCUGGGAGAUCAUGUCGCUUGUGCCAGAACUCUUCUUGAAGCUGGAGCCAAUGUGAAUGCAACUACAAUCGAUGGUGUGACCCCAUUAUUCAAUGCCUGCUCCCGAGGAAGUGCCAGUUGUGUUGAACUUCUGUUAGAGUACGGUGCUAAAGCCCAGCUAGAAUCAUGCCUCCCCUCACCGAUGCACGAGGCAGCCAGCAGAGGUCACUGUGAAUGUCUAGAAGCCUUGAUAUCAUGGGGCAUCGAUGUUGACCAAGACAUUCCUCACCUGGGAACCCCUCUGUAUGUGGCUUGUAUAGCACAGCAAUACCACUGCAUCCAAAAACUUCUUUAUGCAGGUGCUGACGUACAAAAAGGCAAAUAUUGGGACACUCCGUUACAUGCUGCUGCUCAGCAGUCCAGUAUAGAGAUUGUGGGUGCCCUGCUUGAAUUUGGGGCUGACAUCAAUGCGAAAAAUACAGAGCUUCAGCGGCCUGUGGAUGUAGCCACUCCCAAAAGCUUGGUGGAGAGGAUGUUGCUGCAGCAGGAAGCCACCCCAAGCUCUCUGUGCCAACUUUGCCGGCUGUGUAUCCGAAACUGCAUAGGAAGAGCGAGGCUGCAUCUUGUUCCCCAACUCCAGCUUCCAACAAUCCUGAAAGACUUCCUGCAAUACCGAUAAAAGCAGUAAACUCACCCUUGAUCACUCUAAAAGCAAAUGUUGAUGUUUGUUCUCUAGAAUGCUGUAUGUUGCCAAUCCAAAUAUACUGGAGAUGAGGUAAAAUGGGGGGUGAGAGCCCUCAGGAAAGCUGUUGAGAUAAUUCUAGUCUAAUAUCUACCUAUUCAUUGGAUGCUGAAUUAUUUUAGUUGAUGUUAACCUGUUCACCAUACUUUGUAUUUUAUGUAUGGUCUAGAUUUAUCACCUAGUCCAGAGAAUACUUUUGUUGAUGGUUGGACAAAAAAUUGAAAGCCUCUACAUUUCAUGUAAUCUGAUUUUCAAAUAGAAACAGAAAUGCAAACAAUGCAAACAUAUUAAAACUAUUUAAAUUGCAUUACACUGUAAAAUGUGAUCUGUAUUUCUUCAGAUCUCUGCUUAGUAGCUUACUCUUAUCUACUGAAACUUUAUUGCAGUUUGUUUUUGUAUAACUAGUCUGUGUGUCAUGCUUUGGAAAGAAUAAUAGGGAGAGAUCUUGGAUCAAAGCCGUGUACUGUAUUAAAGGAAAUUCCUUAUAUUAAUUUUUUUUGUACUUUUUCAUUCUAAGGAACAUUUCAAAAGGAAAGAUAAGAUGGCUUUGAACCUAGAUCUACAAAGAAUAUUUAACACUUAGUGUUUCUAAUUCUUAGAAAGAAAUACUUAGCCAUUAAGAACCUAAAUAGGGCUUGUCCAAGAAAUAAAACAAUAAAUGUUGCUUAUCUAGCAUAGACAGUGCCUAAGAUACUAUCCUAGCCCUUAGAGCCACCUGCUAGAAUCUCUAGGCCUGUCACUCACCUGUCACAAGUCCUCCUUGCGAGGGACUGACUACCAUAUCAGAGAUUUCUCCUCAUUGUUUACACAUAUCGGCUUAAGACCCAAGGAGCAGAUUUUAGGAAUUGUGAAGUAGAUGUGGUAACCCAAACAGGUAGGACUGAUAAUGUGGCCCAACUGAUCAAGAAGUUGUAAUGCACACUCCUUGGUCUCUAGAGGACAGGCCAGGCCAACACUGAAUAAAAUGCAAGAUAAAUCUUUUAGAAGAAACUGGUUAGAAGUUACAUCAUUUCAAGAAGAAAUACCAGUAGAAUACUAUUUUAAUAAGCUGAAGCAAUAUGAAAAUCUGCAACACUGUAUCCAAACCUCAUUAAUGGUGUUUUGUUUUUGUUUACAAUAAAAAGUAGUAUUUGCUGUUUUUAUAGAUAAUAAUGAAUGGAUGGAAUGGGGUUGGGAGAGAGGGGUAUGUUCUGAAUAUGGGGGUUACUUCCAAACCAGUGGUGCCUGCAAGGAUAAUAUGAUUAUAUUCAUCCCUUGAGUUGUAAGUAUAUUUGAGUGAAAUGUAAAAUAUUCUUAAUAAAAUCUGAUUUUUUUCAAAA